CUCUCUCUCUCUCUCUAUUUCUUGAUGACCUUCCUUUUCCUGUACAAAAAGGAGCAGGGGGGUUGCCGCUUCGCCUCGCCACGCCAUUGCCUCAUCGGACCUUGGUCGGAUCGCGAACAGGUUCCUAACUUCCGACCCAAAUGCGGGUCGCUCAUGAUCCUUGUCGGCGCGAAUGAAUUUUUGGGAAAGUGAUUAGCGAAUCGGUCUGCGAUUUCGGCGUGCGCCUCGAGACCAGGAUCAUAGAGAAUUGCAGUUGCUGAAUUUGGUAUUUUUAUUGCUAACAGGGUUGUUGGGAAUGUGCUCCUUAAUGCCGGCGUGUGAAAUUCUGCUUCGCGAAGGAUGUCAAUUCGUGGCAUUGCAGCAGCUCUUGAAGAUAUGUGGAAAUUAAACUGUUUUUUUGUGAUGGUUCACCUGCGAACUUGAAAAUGAGCCUAUGUUGAUGAAUUUACUGGACUGGAUGGAUCUAAAGGAGAAUACUUUGAUUCUGCAGCGUCAAAGAAAUAUCAGAUUGGGAAUUAUGUUCAAUGAUUUUUACGCUAGCAAAUUUUGGUUACAAGGACUGAUAAGCUCUGGAACAUUUUGAUUUAAAUCAGGCUUAAUAUGACAAGAUAAUGCGGAACAGGAAACAUGGCAACUACUCCUGUAGAUCCCUGUGUUUCCUGUCAGGUGCUUCCGCUAGCACCUAAGUCUGAAGAGGAUUGUAAUGAUAUGAAUGGUGUAGCUUCAGAAACUAGUGAACUGCAGAUUGUCCAAGAGAAAAUCAUCUGUCCUAUUGACAAUGCUCUCAGUUGCAGGGAAGGUUGCAAUGAGCAUCUCAAACCUAUAAAUAAUGAGUACCCAGUUGGUGUGCAUCCUUCUAGUGAUGAGGAUGGAGUGCCUGUUGAAGUGGUUCCAGAUUCUCGGGUGAGUGAUUUGGAGACUCCGGGAGUUGCUGAUUCAGUGGCAUCCCUGAAUACAGGGUUGACAUCUCAGGAUGCUCCAUCUGAAGACACCAAGUAUGAAGAUUCUGGGCAGUCUACUACAGCUGCUUCUGUUGGAGACUCUGGGGGCCAACCUCUUAAUGAUGCACCGAAAGGUCAGAUCAUUGGUGUUCCUGCAGAAGAUGACUCUACUGAAAGCAAGGAAAGGUUCAGGCAGCGCCUUUGGUGCUUUCUAUUUGAGAAUCUUAAUAGGGCUGUUGAUGAACUUUAUCUUCUGUGUGAGCUAGAAUGUGACUUGGAGCAGAUGAAAGAGGCCAUUCUUGUAUUGGAGGAAGCUGCAUCCGAUUUUAAGGAGCUAGCCUCUAGAGUAGAGAAAUUUGAAAAUGUGAAAAAGUCCACUUCAUCAUCUCCUGAUUUACUACCAGUAAAUUUGAAGACUGAUCAUCGCCGGCCACAUGCUCUCUCUUGGGAGGUACGUAGAAUGACGACUUCACCCCACAAAGCAGAGAUACUAUCUUCAUCUGUUGAGGCUUUCAGGAAAAUACAACAUGAAAGGGCAAGUCUUCAUCUUGCCGACGGUGCAAAUUCUCUGGCAUCUGAGUGUAUAAAAUGCCAACAUAUGCUGGACAGUCUAAGUAAGUCUGAUGGAAAAAGUGAUACAACUGUCAGUAUUAAAGAUACAUCCCCAAAAUCUAGAAAGCAUAAUGGAAGCUCUGAUCUUGUCUGUGGGAGCUCGACUGUAGAGAUGCAAAAGGUCUCAUCAGGGAGGCCCAGCAAAGUAAAUUUUGGACAAAAUGGCCAUGUCACUUCCCAAAACUUACGCUCUCCAGGAGACUUUGACAUUUUAAAGCCACAUUCGAAGAAUGGAAGUGCAUCUUGCUCUGCAAGAAAGAGCUCCAGAGAGCAAGGAUCUGAACCAGAGAAGCUGAUUGCUCGGAAGGACAAAGUCCUGUCAGAGGGUACAGUUCAGAGACAGCCCAAAUACGUGGAUCAUUUAAAAAGGCAUGGUCCAUUUUGUGGAAAUGAUAGGGAAAAAAGAAACAUAAAUUCAUGGAAGACCUUAGAUGCUUGGAAGGAGAAGAGGAACUGGGAGGAGAUACUUUCAUCUCCAAUUCGUGUCUCUUCACGUAUCUCGCAUUCCCCAGGACUGAACAGGAAAAGUGCUGAGCGUGCACGAACUCUGCAUGAUAAACUAAUGUCCCCUGAGAAGAAGAAGAAAACUGCUCUGGAUUUGAAAAAGGAAGCAGAGGAAAAACAUGCACGAGCUAUGAGGAUCAGAAUUGAGUUAGAGAAUGAGAGAAUGCAAAAGUUGCAGCGCACAUCAGAAAAGUUGAACCGUGUGAAUGAAUGGCAAGCCGUCCGCAGCAUGAAGUUGAGGGAAGGAAUGUAUGCUCGUCAUCAACGCAGUGAAUCUCGACAUGAAGCUUUUCUAGCUCAGGUUGUGAGGAGAGCUGGUGAUGAAAGCACCAAAGUUAAUGAAGUUCGUUUCAUCACUUCCUUAAAUGGAGAGAAUAAGAAGCUCAUGUUGCGUCAGAAGCUCCAUGAUUCUGAGGUGAGGAGAGCUGAGAAACUUCAGGUGAUGAAAACAAAGCAGAGAGAAGAUUUGGCAAGAGAGGAAGCGGUAAUAGAACGUAGAAAACUCAUUGAAGCUGAGAAACUACAACGUCUUGCAGAGACACAGAGAAAAAAGGAAGAGGCACAAGUUAGGAGAGAAGAGGAACGUAAAGCAUCAAGUGCGGCACGAGAGGCCAGGGCAAUGGAGCAGCUUCGGAGGAAGGAAGUUAGAGCAAAGGCCCAGCAAGAAGAAGCUGAACUUCUUGCACAAAAAUUAGCUGAGAGACUUCGUGAGAGUGAACAGCGUCGCAAGUUUUAUCUGGAACAAAUUAGGGAGAGGGCUUCAAUGGAUUUCAGAGAUCAAUCCUCGCCUUUACUACGGCGGUAUGUAAACAAGGAGUCUCAGGGAAGAGAUAGUAAUGAAGAUGAUCAAGCAAAUGUAAGUCCAGGCACAACUACUCUGGCUACAGGCAACGCUGUAGCUCAGCAUUCACUGAAACGAAGAAUUAAAAGGAUUCGCCAAAGGCUUAUGGCUCUGAAAUAUGAAUAUCCUGAACCUUUGCUUGGUUCUGAAAAUACUAGUAUUGGAUAUAGGACAGCAGUAGGGACAGCCAGGGCCAAAAUUGGUAGGUGGCUUCAAGAACUUCAAAGACUUCGGCAAGCUAGAAAAGAAGGGGCUCCAAGUAUAGGAUUGAUAAUUGCUGACAUGAUUAAGUUUCUAGAUGGAAAGGACCCUGAACUGCAGGCUUCACGCCAAGCUGGUUUGAUUGACUUCAUAGCUUCUGCCCUCCCUGCCUCUCAUACGUCAAAGCCUGAAGCCUGCCAGGUGACAGUGCAUCUUUUGAAACUUUUGAAGGUGGUGCUCUCAGUGCCUGCAAACCGGAGUUAUUUUCUUGCACAGAAUCUGUUGCCUCCUAUUGUACCCAUGCUAUCAGCAGCUCUCGAAAACUAUGUAAAGAUUGCAGCAUCUUUAAACAUUAGCAGUAGCACUGGAAACAACGUAAUUUCAAGUAAAACGUCUGUUGAAAACUUCGAAAUAACAUCUGAAGUUUUAGAUGGUUUCCUUUGGACCGUGACAGCAAUAAUUGGUCACAUCAAUCCAGAUGAGCAACAGCUCCAAAUGAGGGAAGGCUUGCUGGAAUUGUUGAUUGCCUAUCAGGUGAUUCAUCAUCUGCGAGAUCUGUUUGCACUCUAUGAUCGGCCCCAGGUUGAAGGGUCCCCAUUUCCUUCCUCCAUUGUUUUGAGCAUUCAUCUAUUGGUAGUUUUGACAGCCAGGCCUGGGGCAAAAAAUAGUAUUGACCGGGAAUUUUUCCCAGCAGAAACUGAAGGGGGAUUUGAAAGUGCUGGAGCUAAACCUGUGGAUUCUGCAGGUUUGGGAAAUUUCUCAGAGGAUAACUCCUUUCACAAUCAGAGACAUCAUGAAGAGGGUGGUAGCAGAGUAGUGCCCUCACCUGGGGUAUCUGAGAUUUUACCUUCAAAUAAAGGCAGCGAGAUAAUGAAGAGUAAUGAGGCACAAUCUGCUGUUAGGGACAGUGAAAAGGCUCUUAUGGGAGAUAGUGCAGUUCAGCAGGAUAGUAGUCCGGUCACGAUUCAUGUUACUGCUGAAACAGAGCAAAACCUGACGGAGGAUAUUGCUGAACCUUCUAUACCUCUGGAAGACUGUAAAUUGUUGGUGAACAACUGUGGUCAGCAAAAAGAUGAAACCACAUCAAGCUCAAAGCAACCGGUGGCAUUGCUUCUUUCUGCUAUCUCAGAAACCGGUUUAGUCAGUCUUCCUUCUCUGUUAACCUCCGUGCUUUUACAAGCAAACAAUAGGUUGUCGCAAGAUCAGGCUCCCUAUGUCCUUCCAUCUAAUUUUGAAGAAGUAGCCACUGGAGUGCUGAAGUUCCUUAACAAUUUGGCAUAUCUUGAUAUUGCAAUAAUGCAGAAAAUGCUGGCUAGGCUGGACCUCAAGAUGGAAUUUUUCCAUUUGAUGAGUUUUUUCCUCUCUCAUUGUAACAGCAAGUGGAAAUCACCAAAAGACCAGGUGGGCCUUCUUUUAAUUGAAUCGCUCUUGCUUCUCGGUCACUUUGCUCUCUUCCACACUGAGAAUCAAGCAGUCCUGCGGUGGGGAAAUAGUCCUACCAUUCUUCACAAGGUAUGCGAUCUGCCUUUUGUCUUCUUCAGCGACCCAGACCUGAUGCCAGUAUUAGCUGGUACAUUGGUUGCCGCUUGUUACAGGUGUGAGCAGAAUAGGGGUGUUAUUCAACAGGAGCUCAGCAUUGACAUGCUACGCUCAUUACUGAAAUCAUGCAAAAAUGCUUCACCCUCAAGUCGAUCCCAUCAAGUUUUAGACAAUUCCCCUUUUAAUUCCUGUGAGAAUGUUCAGCUGGGUCUUGAAAGUAAAAAGCCUCAAGCAGACAAACUGAGGCCUAGCCGGGGCAGUGGCAGAAACUCUAGAAACUCUCUAAUCAAGGGUUUUUCUGCUGGAAAUAAUGCCAGGCUAGGGAAGAAGAGAGAAAAAGCAGUAAAAGUUUGUGAAGAAACCGCUGCUAAAUAUGACUUACCGAUAACUGGUACUACGACCACAUUGCAUUCUAAAUUCCCUGACAGCUUCAUUGAUAGCGCCGACAAAUUCUUUGCAGCAGGUUUUAGUGAACUGGGCGACGCAUGAUAAGUUCUUUCGAAACAUGAAAGUCUGGCCAGCAAUUCAAAUCUGAAGCAGCAGCUAACCGAUUGUCGUUGGUCUUGUUCAUCUGGUAUGCAUUAUAUUUGUCUGCUUAUCUUAACAACAAAAAUGAAGCUUCAGGAAAGGGCGGUGUUGGGCGACAAUUUCUGUUUUGUUAUGGGCAGUUGGUGGAAGAAAAUGCCGAACAGGAUGAUAAGGCUCUAACCUUUGGCAGGCUAAGCUGUCUUUGUAACUAUACAUGCCAUUCUGUAUAAGCACAUACUAUCCGCAGCCUCGUUCUUUUCCAAUACUUUCCAGUACAGUCAAGUGAUAUAGAAGUGGGUAAAUCUUUCGUUGCCUUUAGCUAUAAGAGGUGGGCGAAGCCCAGCAUGAAUUAUCGAACUUAUUUCUUAUAACAGAGAAGCUGUUGUUCACGGAA